GCCCCCUCAGAAGGCAAGAAACUUCUUUGAGCAAGAUGGGUGUCUACCGCGUUCGUGUGUCCACUGGGUCCUCAUUCUACGCGGGCUCCAACAACAAGGUGCAGCUGUGGCUGGUCGGUCAGCACGGAGAAGCUCAGCUUGGGACGCGACUGCGGCCGGUGCGGGGCAAGGAGACGGAAUUCAAGGAGGACGUGUCGCACUACCUGGGGCCGCUGCUGUUCGUGAAAUUGCAGAAACGGCGCCUCUUUCAGGAUGAUGCUUGGUUCUGCAACUGGAUCUCUGUGCAAGGCCCCGGGGCCAGUGGGGACGAGUUCAGGUUCCCAUGUUACCGCUGGGUGAUGGGCGAUGGCGUCCUGACCCUAGCCGAGGGCACUGGAUGCACAGUGGUAGAUGACCCUCAAGACCUGUUCAGAAAACACCGGGAGGAGGAGCUGGAAGAGAGAAGGAAGCUGUACCGGUGGGGUAACUGGAAGGAUGGGUUAAUCCUGAAUGUGGCAGCGACCACUUUAAAUGACCUCCCUGCAGAUGAGAGAUUUCUGGAGGACAAGAGAAUUGACUUUGAGGCUUCACUGGCCAAGGGGCUGGCUGACCUAGCUAUCAAAGACUCUUUAAAUGUUCUGACUUGCUGGAAGGAUCUAAAUGACUUCAACAGGAUUUUCUGGUGUGGCCAGAGCAAGCUGGCUGAGAAAGUGCGGGACUCCUGGAAGGAGGAUGCCUUAUUUGGGUACCAGUUUCUUAACGGCGCCAACCCCAUGUUGCUAAAACGCUCCAGUCACCUUCCUGCCCGCCUAGUGUUCCCUCCAGGAAUGGAGGAGCUGCAGGCCCAGCUGGAGAAGGAGCUUCAGGGAGGCACACUGUUUGAAGCCGAUUUAUCCCUGCUGGAUGAGAUCAAGGCCAACAACAUCCUGUGUAGCCAGCAGUACCUGGCUGCCCCUCUGGUCAUGCUGAAACUGCAGCCUGAUGGGAAACUCUUGCCCAUGGUCAUCCAGCUCCAAUUGCCACGCAUCGGAUCCCCUCCCCCACCACUUUUCCUGCCCACAGAUCCCCCAAUGGUCUGGCUCCUAGCCAAAUGCUGGGUCCGUAGCUCUGACUUCCAGCUUCAUGAGCUGCACUCUCAUCUUCUGAGGGGACAUUUGAUGGCUGAAGUUAUUGCUGUAGCCACCAUGAGGUGCCUUCCAUCGAUACAUCCUAUCUUCAAGCUGAUGAUCCCCCACCUGCGAUAUACCAUGGAAAUUAACGUGCGGGCCAGGUCUGGGCUGAUUUCUCCCAUGGGUAUUUUCGACCAGGUGGUGAGCACCGGUGGGGGAGGCCACCUGGAGUUACUCAAGCGAGCGGGAGCCUUUCUAACCUAUAGAUCAUUUUGUCCCCCUGAUGACCUGGCUGACCGGGGACUCCUGGGAGUCAAGUCUUCUUUCUAUGCCCACGAUGCCCUGAGGCUCUGGGAAAUCAUCUCUCGCUAUGUAGAAGGAAUUGUGAAUCUUUACUAUAAGACGGAUGAGGCUGUGAAAGAGGAUCUAGAGCUGCAAACCUGGUGUCGAGAGAUCACUGAAAUUGGACUGCAAGGGGCCCAGGACCUAGGAUUUCCCAUUUCCUUACAGUCCCGGGACCAGCUUUGCCACUUUGUCACCAUGUGCAUCUUCACCUGCACUGGCCAGCACUCCUCCACACACCAGGGCCAGCUGGAUUGGCACUCUUGGGUCCCUAACACACCCUGCACAAUGCGGCUGCCCCCGCCGACCACCAAGGAUGCGACACUGGAGACGGUGAUGGCAACAUUGCCCAACUUUCAUCAGGCUUCUCUCCAGAUGUCCAUCGUUUGGCAACUGGGUAGACGCCAGCCCAUUAUGGUGGCUGUGGGCCAGCAUGAGGAGGAGUAUUUUUCGGGCCCUGAGCCCAAAACUGUGCUGAAGAAGUUCAGGGAGGAGCUGGCUGCCCUGGAUAAGGAAAUUGAGAUCCGGAAUGCAAAGCUGGACAUGCCCUAUGAGUACCUGCGGCCCAGCCUGGUGGAAAACAGCGUGGCCAUAUGAGCAUCCCCAGCCUUUGGUUGUUUUAGCCCCUACUUCCACCCAAGCCAUGACUCCAUUGCUUUCAGUCUUACCCUUCACCAACUAUCUGUAUGCCCCUUCCUAUCUGUACCUUUCCUAAAGUGUCACCUUUAUAUUGUAUAUGCCCACAGUGAACAAAUUUUACUUUAGAUGUACUGCCUAGGGUCCUUGUUUCCCUUUAAUUUCUCCUUUUCUUCCCAUUCUUCUGCCUUCCUCCAUUAUCACUGGGAUCUCCCACAGGGCACAAAAUUGUCACAUUAAUAUAAACUGUUUCAAGACUA